AGGCGCGAUGGUUCUCUGAUGUCGCGCGGGCGGAGGCGCGCGGGGCGCGCGGAGGAGGCCCCGGGCCGCAGGGCGGCGCCAUGGCUGGCCGCGCUCCUCCUGAGCGCCGGGAGCGCCCGGUGCCCCGCCCGCGGGGGUGCCGCCCGCGCCUGGCAGCGCCCCCCGCUCCCGGGGGUCACCGCCUGGCGCCUGCCCGGGCGCCGUCGCCGGCGCCGCUUCUUCGGCCGAGGGCCCCGGGCCGAAGGCCGGCGGCGCGGAGGGCCCGGGGCGGCCAGGAGCAGCAGCGAGAGGAGUUGUGGUGGCCCGGCGAGGUCGGCGAGGGCGACGAGGGGCACCCGAGUCGCAUGGAGUGCCCCGAGUGCGGUGCGCACAUGGACCUGGUGCGGCGCGGGGCGGCCGGGCGCGGCGCGGGGGGGUGGUUCUACGCCUGCUCCCGCCGCGACGACGAGCGCCGCCCCUGCACGGCCUGCAGGAAGCCGGUGAAUAGGACCGCGGCCAGAGAGCGCUCGAGGCAGAAGGUGCCCCGCAUCAUCCUCCGCAACUACCAGGUGGGCGCCGUGGAGACCAUCAGGCGGUCCUUCCAGGGAGGUCAGGACAGGGUCGUGGUGUCCUUGGCCACGGGGGCCGGCAAGACGUCCGUGGCCAAUGGCUACCUCGACAAGCACGAGUCGGAAGCUGUGGUCUUGUGGACGGCACCCGGCCGCGAGCUCCUCGAGCAGGCGGAGAUGAACUCGCGGGGGUUCCGGCCCGAUCGCGGUCGUCGGUAUCGCGUCGGACUGGGGGACGUCAUGCCAGACAUCCCCGAGCUACCCAGGCAGAUCUGUCGCUCUGGCGGCGCGGUGGUCUACGCGACGGAGCAGGCUAUCUUCAGAAGGCUGAAGAGUCCUGCAAAAGGCAUGUCCGGUCCCGAAGAGGCCGAAGGUCUCCAGAUGCCAGGCCGCAUCCCUGACCUCAUCGUCGUGGAUGAGUGCCACUGGGCGGGUCUUACCAAAAUCGGCAUGUGCAUUCUAAAGUGGGCCAGGUACCACGGAAUUCGGGUCCUGGGUCUCACCGCCACGCCGCUCCCGGCGGCGCCUCUUCCAGUUGUUCACGUGCUCCCUUUGGUGCAACUCGCGAAGCUGGGCGUUCUCGCUUGGCCCAGACUCUGGCGAGUCGAGCGGCUUCCCGACUUACCGCUGUGCGUAACGAGCGUGUUCGACAUGCGGAAUCACCAGGAGGAGCUGCCCCUUGAGCUGCCUCCUGCCGACAUGGCCAUCGAUCUGACAGAGGUUGUCGACGUGUACGAGGGUGACGCGGAGAGGUGGGGCAAGACCUUGAUCAAGGUUGCCUCGAUCGAGGAUGCCGAUGACCUGGUGCGACUGUGCCGGCAACGAAAUCUCCGCGCCGCGACAGUCAACGCCAGAACGCCUCUUGCAAGCAGGCAAGGUAUCUGAGGAUUUCAGAGGCGGCGCGCUGGAAAUUUUAGUGGUCAUCGGGAUCGGCAACUUGGGCCUCGAUUUGCCGGCGCUGAGGACGAUCUUCCUCACCCACGCGAUGGGGUCGCCCAACGCGUACAUCCAGCUGCUCGGCCGGGGCGCGCGGAAAUUCGACGUCGACUAUUUCAACGUGGUGGAGUUCCAUCCACGCCUGGCGAGGACCUAGGAAGAAAGCACGGGGACCAUGACCAAGAUGUCGCGGGAUCUUGUCGAUGACGAGCUUGGUCAUGGUCUAUGGCGGCCGUCGCCGAGUCGCGAGGACGAUCCAAGAAAUGACGCUGACAAAGAACGACGGUGACCAAGACCGACACGACAUCUCCGCGUUCUGCCCCUCCAGAGGAUGAGGGGCGAGCUCUGGCGCGCACCCGUUGUCCAGGCGGACGGCGACGGUCUCGCGCUGGAGGACAGGGGCGGCACCGUCACGGCAGCGAACGUAGACGGGCGAGAUGUUUCGGGGCAUGCGGGCGGCGUCGCGAGCCUCGCCUGUCAAUUCGCGGGCGCCGUCGGGUAGCGGGCGCCCUCGCGAGGCCGAAUCCCGACCUCCACCCCAGGGCGUCGGGAAGAGGAGAUCGGGGUCGCGCCGGGUUCGUUUUGUCUGCUUACUCUUCUGGCCUCCUAUACACCAUUCCGAAGCCCAUUCCUGCCCCGCGUUGCUUCGCAGCCUCGUCCUGCUGGACGCAGGCGGCCUGGGGGCCCGCAUGCCGCGCUCGGUGGGGCCGAGCGUGCAUGCCGCCAGAGCUCGGACGGCCGGGCCGUGCCAUCCCUCCAAAAGCACCCCCUCCCUGCCUGAGUUCGAAGGCGGCUGUCUCCCGUUUCCCUCCCUCGCCUCGCCUCUUCUCGGCCUGCCUUCGUUUCUUA